UCGUCUCUUUAGAUUACAUUGAGAACUGAGAGAUUUCCUCUUCUUUAUCACACACACUGCUUAGGAGGGAAAAAAUUUUUUACUUGAAACUUUUUCCAAAUCCCAUUCCACCAAAGCAACACUCUAAGCUAACCCAAACCGAGGAAAGCUACCAUCUUUAUUUCUUUCCUUUGAUUUUCUUUUCAGCAGCCUAAAGCCCAUUCGAGUCAGGAAAAAGGGGAAAUGUUUGCAGCAGAGAACGGACUCAAGGGAGACCCCAGGCUACAGGGCAUCUCCGAAGCUAUUCGGGUGGUGCCUGGCUUUCCCAAGCCAGGGAUAAUGUUUCAAGACAUAACAACGUUGUUUCUGGAUCACAAGGUUUUUAAGGAUACAGUUGAUAUAUUUGUUGAUCGUUACAGAGAUAUGGACAUUUCUGUUGUUGCUGGUGUUGAAGCUAGAGGAUUCAUGUUUGGCCCAUCAAUUGCCUUAGCCAUUGGUGCAAAGUUUGUUCCUUUAAGAAAACCCGGAAAGUUGCCAGGUUCAGUGAUCUCUGAACAGUACGUCCUGGAAUAUGGAACCGACUGUCUAGAAAUGCAUGUUGGUGCUGUUCAGCCUGGGGAACGUGCAUUGGUAAUUGAUGAUUUGAUAGCUACGGGCGGGACCUUGUCGGCAGCAAUAAGACUUCUGGAACGAAUGGGAGCUGAAGUAGUUGAAUGCGCAUGUGUUAUUGGGUUGCCUGAGGUCAAGGGACAGCGCAGGCUCAAUGGAAAGCCACUAUAUAUCCUUGUGGAGCCGCGAGACAUAGAUUGUUAUCAAGGUAUGAUUUUAUGAUAGAGUCAAUGUAUGGCCAAAAAUUCUAUGCAAAUGAUUCCAACUAGCUUGGUUUUAAGACGCAGUGUGAGAUUAAGAGGAUUUAAACAAAAUUUAACCGACUUGGUUGCAGAUGUGUGAGUGUGAAUAUGCUUGGGCUGACUUGCAGAAAGAGAUGAUGCUUGAGCAUAGGUCAUUAUAUGUUUCUAUCAUUGGUUAUCCUGUUUUUCAAAAAUCAAAUAUGUCUAGAUUUGGGCCUUUGUCCUCGUCACGUGAUGUAGAAAGGUCGUUUGCUCCUAUAGCUGGAAGCUGUUCUUACGUUUUUUUCCAAGAUAUAAAACCAAAUUGUCUUCGUUCUUGGCCA